AUGAAGGAUGUCGACCACGGUGGACCCUUGCGUGGCGAGGGGGUCGGCCACUGCGAGUGCGAGGGCAAGCUGGAUGGCAGCGACGUGCUGCAGGGCGGCGACCACGAUGGACCCCUGCGUGGCAAGGUUGUUGGCCACGGUGAGUGCGAGGUCAAGCUGGAGAGCCCCCGCGCGAUGAAGUGCAAGCUGGUGGACAUCGGCAAGAAGGGCAUGCCGAGGAAGAAGGGCAAGGCCGCGCAGGCGACGGACAACCCCGCAGGCCUGCCCACCGCGGACGACGCCGCCGAGCGGGCCAGGCAGGCGCUCAGCCUGGCUUCCGCCGAGUGCCGCCAGCGUGAGGCCCAGUUCGCAGCCGCCCGCGCCGACCUCGCCAUCGAGGAGAUCGAGGUGCGCGCGGCGGUGGCGGAGCUGGCAGCGGCGGGCGGGGCCGGGGACGAGCCCCCCGUCUGA